AUGCCGAACAGAUGGGGCGUCAGGGAGUCGUCCAGAUGUGCCGUCCAGCCUGAAAGACGUGGUCGAAGGAUGAGGUGGGCUCCAGAGAAACCGGAGAACGACAGGCGAUCCGAGCAAGCAACCCAGAGCGAUCCUCAGGAGCCCGGCGCUCCGAUCCCAAAUGGUGGAACAGAUGACCAAGAUAGCAUGUUCAACAUCCGAUCCGGCGCAAUCAUUUACUAUCAGCUCACUACUGCGGUGCAAAGUCUGGAGCCCGGCAGAGCGCAAGCCAAGUGGAGUGCUCCCAACCAGACGGGCCCUCCUCGAAGCCUGGAAGGUGGUCGACCCAGAUGGUCUUCCGAGUUCCGGUCGAUGGUCACAUUUGGGGCUGCCUGGCCCAACCCCUCGUUCUGCCUGUGA